CGACAAAGCAUGAUUGAACAAAUCAAAAAAAAAAAAAAAAAAAAAAAAUGGAAAGAAAGAAAGAAGUAAGAAAGAAGGGAGAAAACAACAACAAAUGAGGACUAGAGAGGAUAAGGUAAGUUUGACCAUUUAAGUAGGAAAUAUCAAUUGUAAAGAUUAAAAAGUGGAGGCAAAAAGACCAGGGGUUGAUGAUGGAGAAAAGGAACAGCUAUUUUAGGUAAAGUAGGAGAUGAAAAGGGAAAAGACAAGCUUCCUCAAUGCAUGGAAAACCAAGAGACAUGUCCUUUUGCAAUUUACAGAGUAGCAGUAUAUAUAGGGAUAAGAAUUCGAACAGAGUUGUAUUGAACAAAGUAAGAAAAGAAUCGGAGGGUCAUUUUUAUGUCCAAAAGUUGACGUAGCUAGUGUCCAUUAUAUAAGAAGGAAGAAAAAAAAAAAAAAAAAAAAGAAAAUGACUGGGAAUAAUGGGAGUACGAGGAAGAUAAAAGGGACAGUAAUUUUGAUGAAGAAACAUUUCUUAGACUUCAAUGACUUCAAUGCUUCUCUUCAUGAUCGUGUGGAUGAGUUGUUGGGCAAAAGGGUUUCUCUGCAGCUCAUCAGUUCUGUUAAUGCUGACCCUGAAAACGGGUACAAAGGGAAGCUUGGAAAGCCAGCUUACUUGGAAGGCUGGGCUACAACAAUCACCCGUGUAACAGCAGGCGAAUCUGAGUUCAAGGUUACCUUUGAUUGGGAAGAGGAAAUAGGAGUUCCAGGAGCCAUCCUAAUUAAAAAUGGUCAUCAUAGUGAAUUCUACCUCAAGACUGUCACAGUGGAAGAUGUUUCUGGUGGUGAUGCUCAUGUCCAUUUUGUUUGCAACUCAUGGGUAUACCCUGCCACCAAAUACAAAGAAGAUCGCGUUUUCUUCAGUAACAAGACAUAUCUUCCACAUGAAACACCGGCUCCACUACGCCAGUACAGAGAGAAUGAGCUAGAGAUUUUGAGAGGAGAUGGAAAAGGACAGCUCCAGGAAUGGGAUAGGGUCUAUGACUAUGCUUACUACCAUGAUUUGGGGAAUCCAGAUAAGGAUUCAAAAUAUGCCCGUCCAAUUCUUGGAGGGUCUAGUGACUAUCCUUACCCUCGAAGGGGAAGAACAGGCAGGGAAACAACAAAGACAGAUCCUAAUUGUGAGAGUAGGCUGGAUCUUCGUCUGAGCUUAAACGUUUAUGUUCCAAGAGACGAGCGGUUUGGUCACUUGAAGAUGUCAGACUUCCUUGCUUAUGCACUGAAAUCUGCAUCUCAGGUCCUUAAACCUGUUCUACAAGAUCUAUAUGACAGUACACCAGGCGAGUUUGACAGUUUCCAAGAUGUAAAUAAUCUUUAUGAUGGUGGAAUUAAGUUGCCUAAAGAAAAACUUGACCAUAUCAAGGAAAAAAUUCCCACUGAGAUUCUCAAAGAAAUUAUCCGAACUGAUGGUGAACAAUUCCUGAGAUUCCCUACACCACAAGUGAUUAAAGAGGAUAGGUCUGCAUGGAGGACUGAUGAAGAAUUUGGAAGAGAAAUGCUGGCUGGAGUGAACCCUGUCAUUAUCCGUCGUCUCCAAGAGUUCCCACCAACAAGCAAGCUAGAUCCUGAAGCUUAUGGUAAUCAAAACAGUGUUAUAGCUGAAGAAGACAUAAAGAGUAACUUGGAUGGUCUCAGUGUAGAUGAGGCAAUCCAGAACAACAAGUUGUUUAUAUUAGAUCAUCAUGAUGCAUUGAUGCCAUACCUGAGGAGGAUAAACUGUGAUUCGACAAAGAUCUAUGCCAGCAGGACAAUCCUUUUCUUGAAAGAUGAUGGAACUUUGAAGCCAUUGGUUAUUGAAUUAAGCUUACCGCACCCUGAUGGUGAUCAAUUUGGUGCACAAAGCAAAGUGUAUACACCAGCUGAGGAAGGUGUCGAAAGUUCAAUUUGGCAACUGGCUAAAGCUUAUGUGGCUGUGGAUGAUUCGGGAUAUCAUCAGCUAAUUAGCCAUUGGUUGAAUACGCAUGCUGUAAUUGAACCUUUUGUGAUAGCAACAAACAGGCAGCUUAGUGUGCUCCACCCAAUUUUCAAACUUUUGCAGCCUCACUUCCGUGACACCAUGAAUAUAAAUGCACUUGCAAGGCAGACUCUCAUCAAUGCUGGUGGAUUUCUGGAGUUUACUGUUUUUCCAGGGGAGAAUGCAAUGGAAUUGUCAUCAGCAGUUUAUAAACACUGGGUUUUUCCAGAGCAAGCACUGCCAGAAGAUCUCAUCAAGCGAGGAGUGGCAGUAAAGGACUCAAAUUCUCCACACGGUGUUCGCCUGCUUAUAGAGGACUACCCAUUUGCUGUUGAUGGGCUUGAGAUCUGGUCUGCCAUUAAAACAUGGGUUGAAGACUAUUGCUCCUACUACUACCAGACAGAUCAAAUGGUUCAGGAAGAUGCAGAACUUCAAUCCUGGUGGAAGGAGCUUAGAGUGGAAGGUCAUGGAGACUUGAAAGAUAAACCUUGGUGGCCAAAAAUGCAGACACGUGAAGAGCUUGUAGAGUCAUGCACCAUAGUCAUAUGGAUUGCUUCUGCUCUCCAUGCAGCUGUCAACUUUGGACAGUACCCUUAUGCAGGCUACCUUCCAAACCGCCCUACAAUAAGCCGCCGGUUCAUGCCUGAAAAGGGAACUCCUGAAUAUGAUGAGCUUGAGUCUGACCCUGAUAAGGCAUUCCUGAAAACCAUUACUGCACAGCUUCAGACACUUCUUGGGGUUUCCCUGAUAGAAAUCUUGUCAAGGCAUUCUACUGAUGAGAUCUAUCUUGGACAAAGAGACACUGCUGAAUGGACGUCAGAUGAAGAACCAUUGAAAGCCUUUGAAAAAUUUGGAAAGAAACUGGCUGAAAUUGAAGAUAGAAUCAUGGAGAGGAACAAUGAUAAGAAACUGAGAAACCGAGGUGGGCCAGUUAAGAUGCCAUACACUCUGCUCUUUCCGACUAGCAGCGAAGGUGGACUUACUGGCAGAGGAAUUCCCAACAGCGUCUCCAUCUAAAGCUUAUCUAAUUUUAUUUUGUUAUUUGAGUUUUUUCAUUUUAUAUGAUGCCCUUAUACUUAGGUAGUUAAUUUGUAAUAAGCAUGGAAUACAUUAGUCUUGGAAAAAUAUCCCAUAGAAACAGAACAUUAGUCAAACACAUAUUAAGAGUGCAAUAACCUCAAUGGAUCUAUAGACAGACAUUGUAAGCCUCCAAAUCAAUGUAUAUUCAGCAAAAGAGUGUAAUGCAAUGUCAUUUUUCUUUUUUA